CGGUGGGUGUGAAGAGAGAAAAAUCACUCACAGAGCCUACACACCCACACAGCCACACACCCACUGCCUCUGUUUUUUUACAGAAGAGCAAAUUCCGUCGCUCUCUUCCUCUGUUGCGAUUCUCACAGACGAAGGACACACAAAUCUGUACGGUCGCAGAGCUUUAGUUUCUACCAAGUGGCUUUUCUGUGGGUUUUCUCGGCACAGGAGACAUGUCCGACGACAUCCCGACAUCUUCCUUCUUUGUUGCUGCCUAGCUUCUCGCCAAACCCGCUUUGUCGAGUUGUUGAUGAACAUGAUGGCCAUUCCACUCAAGAACUUUUCCCAGAAAAAUCUUGAUCAGGACUCUGUGCAUUCAGUAUUUCCAUUUUCAGUUGAUUGUACGCCGUGGCGGAGCUCGAACGAACGGAAGAUCCCAUUGCCUUUGUCUGAUAAUACAACUCUUAAACUUGAAACUCCUCCACAGCAUCAUCACAAGCAUUUGGGCUUUCAGUUACCAGAUCAGGAGUCAUCUACAGCCCAUUCAAUUGGUGAAUCUCUGCAUAAAGUGUGUACUAUGGAGGUGCAAAAUGCUCAAGAGCAAUGCAUUUCUUCUGAAUCUGGUCAAGAGGAAAAUUGUGGCGAGAGUGUGGAGAAUCAGAUGAAACCAGUUAUUUUGUUUAGCAACCCUGAAUUUAUGUUCAAUUCUCCCCAAGUUGAUGGCAGCCAGCCAAUGACUCGAGUACCAUACCCGUACAUUGAUCCUUACUAUGGCGGGCUAUUGUGCAGUGCCUACAGUCAGCAGGCUAUAAAUAAUCAAGCUCAAGUAAAUACCAAUGUUGUUGGGAUCGCACCUGCACGAGUCCCCAUUCCGCACGCUCUUGCUGAAGAUGGGCCCAUCUAUGUCAAUGCCAAACAAUACCAUGGAAUUCUUAGAAGGAGGCAGUCUCGUGCAAAGCUCGAGGCUCAAAACAGAGUCAUAAGAAACCGAAAGCCGUAUCUCCACGAGUCUCGACAUCUUCAUGCGCUGAACAGAGUGAGGGGAUCUGGUGGACGCUUUCUCAGCUCGAAAAAGAAUCAAUCACCUGUUCAAUCAACUCCUUCGACCACCUUGAGCCAACAGAUGAAUACACCAGACUUCAAUACAUGUAGCUCUGAAACGAGCGACCGUGGCGUGAGCUCUGAGAUCACAAGCAUCUCUUAUGGUUCAGUGAGGUUUGGGCGGUCGGACAGUCAGCUCUCCGCUCUCUCUUCCAGGAUGGGUGGAAGAAUGGAGCAGUAUAGCGGAGACUUAAUGCGUGGCGGAAGAUAGAACCGUGUUAUUAAACUAGACGACAGGCAAAUCAUCCUUGGCUUUGUUAGUUAUUUAUGCUUUGUGAUUUCAGUUCGGAAUGAGCAGAAACAAACCGACAGUAAUGUACUAUUGACAACGUUGGCAUGAUGGCCUUCAAUAAUUUGCUUGUGUUUAAAACAAACCAUAUUUUAGAAGCAGGUGACAAUGGUUGUGGGCUUACGUGGAUUUGUUUGUAAUGGCAAUAUGGCAAAGGGUAUUUUUGUAA